UUGCUUGAACAAGAAGCUUUUGUUGAUAGGUCAUCUGAGUUUCAGCCAAAGUUUUUCUCCCAUGAAGUGGAAUCAACUCUUAAUCAAUUGGUUGAGCAAGUGGAUAAUAAGUGUCUUCUUUGGUGUUUUCAUUAUAUGGAGGAAUGAUGGAGAAGCAUUAUGGUUUGCAGCAGGGUCCAUUUUAAAUGUAGUGUUUUCUAUUUUACUCAAACAAAUACUGAAUCAGAAAAGACCUUCAACCCUCAAAUCUGACCCUGGAAUGCCAUCUUCACAUGCUCAAUCCAUUUUCUUUACUCUCAUGUUUAUUAUAUUGUCAAGUGUGAAAUUGUUAAGAAUAAAUGAACUCACCAUUACCACAAGUGGCCUGGCUUUGGCAUUUGGUUCUUAUUUUUCAUAUCUGCGGGUGUCACAAAAACUUCAUACAGUGAGCCAAGUAAUUGUUGGAGCUGUUAUUGGAUCCAUUUGCUCUAUCUUAUGGUAUUGGCUAUGGAAUGGUUUUAUGGUAGAUGCUUUUGUAUCCUCUUUGUGGGUAAGAAUCAUUGUUGUUUUGGGUUCUGCAGGAAUUUGGUUAGGUUUCCUUUCACAUGUGAUACACCAUUGGCUUAAAGACAAAUGAAAUGGAACUUGAUGAAUAACAUUAUAUUAGCAUUGUAUUGUACCAUGCUGUAAGGGCUAAAUCCUUUUACUUUGGUCAUUCAAAAUAAUUUGUUU